UUAAAGCUUAGUUGAAAGCAGAAAUCAAAGAGGUGAAGUUCAGCAUUGCAGGACGAUGGAUUCCACAUCACCUAAACUCUAUCAUGUACAUGGAAUGGAUUCCAGAAGUUAUCUGGAUUUAUAUUUCUCUAAUAAGAAGGACAUGGUCUUUGCAGAGGAUACUUUAAAAUUUCCAAUGGCGUGUCUUCACUAUCUGCUCAGCACCGGUCGAGUUAAGGGUACGUUUUUGAUUGAUAUCAGCGUUGGUUCCAUCAUUCACCAUCUUUAUUCCGCCUCCAAUUUCUUCAAAAAAAUCAUCCUAUUAAAAUUCCAAGAGAGAUGUAUCAUGGAACUGAACAGAUGGCUACAUGACCGUACCGGAGCAUAUGAUUGGUCGCAUACAUCAUCAGCCGCAGCUGAGUUAGAAGGAACGAGAGAUCAACUUCAGGAGAAAGAAAUGCGCCUAAGGUCGUCCAUCAAGCAGAUUUUGAAAUGUGAUUUUGAACAGGAAAACAUUACCUCCCCGGUGCUACUACCACUUGCUGAUUGUAUUAUCAGUGCAUGGAUACUGGAAAUUAUCAGUAAAAAUGAAGAUGAAUACAUGAAGAAUCUGGAGAAGAUAAUAAAGCUGCUAAAACCCGGAGGCCAACUGUUACUUAUUGGGGUAUUAGAUGCAACUUACUGGACUGCUGGAGCAGAACGGUUCCAUUGUUUUAAAUGCAAUGAGGAGUUUGUGAAAAAUGCCUUUGGUAAGGUGGGUUUAACCAUUGAUUACUGUGCAGUGCAGAGGAGACGCAAUGUCAGCGAUGUCGCUGAAUAUAAAGCGAUGCUAUUCAUUGUAGGACGCAAAGGGGAGUAGUUGAUUGGAGCCAAUAGCAUUAAUCUUGAGCCAAAUAAAAUGAUGUAAUGAAAUAAUAAUGGCAGUCAGAAAUAGUCAACAAUGCAAUUGUGCUAAAGUCAGUAAUGUUAUUUUGCAUUAAUCUGUGUUAAAUUGUGUUAACAAAUAUCGCUAUCCUAAUAAAGAUCAUUCAGAAUAUAAA